UAAAGAAAGAAAAUGGCGGCGAAUCUGCCAGAUCAAAGGAACCAAAGUGUUGUCGAGCGUCGUUGCGAAAUGAAACGUGUAAUCGUGACUAUCCAUGUACACCAGAAUUUGGUACGUUGAAUUUUUAAAGAAUUAACAUCGUAAAGUUUCUACGAUUUAAUAAAAAUCAAAGUGGUCGUGGUUAAGAAGACGUUUCCGCACGCCUUCUAGCAGCCGGGCCAGAAUAUUGUGUUCAGUGCUAAGGCAAGAUGGCAGCCGCAUUAACAGUGGAACAAGAGCAAGCGACUAAGGAAUUUAUAGAGGCUGUAAAUAAAUGCCGUGCAGGCAGACGAGCAGGUCCCGUCUCCUGGAGCACUGCUGUCAAGUUCCUGGCAGCAAGGAAAUUUGAGGUAUCUCGAGCAUUGGCUCUCUACGAGCAGCACGAGGCUACAAGACGACGUGAGGGUCUGGCAUUGCUUUAUCCAAAUCGGCAGCCACUAUUGAAUGAACUGCGUACAGGAAAAUUUACAGUUCUGCCUUCAAGAGAUGCCACGGGCGCUGCCAUUGCCAUUUUUACAGCUCAUUUGCAUCUCCCACAAAACACCACUCAUCAAACUACCCUCCAGGGUGUCGUAUACCAACUGGAUGCUGCUUUGGAAAGUGCAGAAACCCAGAGGCAUGGUUUGGUCUUCAUCUAUGACAUGUCCGAUAGCAAAUAUCAAAAUUUUGACUACGACCUGUCACAGAAGAUCUUGACAUUACUCAAGGGUGGCUAUCCGGCCAAGCUGAAGAAGGUUCUCAUCGUGACGGCACCACUCUGGUUUAAGGCGCCCUUCAAAAUCCUAAGACUCUUCGUCAGAGAGAAAUUAAGGGAUCGUGUAUUCACUGUCUCCAUUCCCCAGUUGACUCUUCACAUCCCACGGGAAUCUCUACCACGCCGUCUGGGCGGCACCUUGGAGGUUCAGCAUGAAGCCUGGCUCCUUCAUUGUCUUAAGUCCAUGACUAACCGCGGCGGGGGUGAGCUCUGUGAGGUUACCCCCCCGGUGGGAACGCCUCUCUCACCAACUUCGAAAAACCACACGGUACUUCAGAAUCCUAACGGGACGGCUGUCAGUAAUCCGACCAGUCCAGUAAACGAUAAGAGUAAGGCUAAGAAAUGUGUGGGCAAUAUCGGCGACAUAGAGAUAACGAACGGCGACAUCUGGAUGGGAAGCGACGAAGCUCCGUCGCCGGUCCAACCUCCGUCGUCGGCCAGUUCGGGAUUCAGCGACGACGACAGCCUCCAUGGCGACCUGGGUUUACAGGCUGUCAGUAUGGAGCAGCUUGUCGAAGCGAUACACAGUCGAGGACGCGCUGGUCUUGUAGCGGAGUACACAGAGAUCAGGCAGAGGCCACCCGAUGGAUCCUUUAACAAUGCAAAAUUGCGACCAAAUCAACCGAAGAACAGAUAUACCGAUGUUCUGUGCUAUGAUCAUAGUAGGGUAUGCCUUUCUCAGGUCGACGCAGAGCCUACUUCGGAUUAUAUAAAUGCUAACUUUGUCGAUGGAUAUAAACAAAAAAAUGCCUUCAUUAGUACCCAGGGUCCUCUGCCCAAAACUUGCGGAGACUUUUGGAGAAUGGUAUGGGAGCAACAAACUCUAGUCGUGGUGAUGACCACCAGGGUGGUAGAAAGGGGUAGGACGAAGUGUGCUCAGUAUUGGGGACCUGAACCAGGCGAUGAAGUUUCUGCAGGUGGAUUCACUGUAACAACCCUCGAAGUAGAUACCAAUCCGGACUACACGAUAUCAAUGCUCCUCCUCAAGAACGACAAGACUGAAGAAACGAGGGAAGUUUGUCACAUGCUGUAUACAGCCUGGCCCGAUUAUGGUGUACCCCAAUCAGCCAGGGCACUUUUAGAAUUCCUAGCUCUCGUUAGACAACAACAGAGUAAACUCCUGGCCAGUCGUGGUGACACCUGGGCAGGACAUCCACGGGGACCUCCUAUAGUAGUACAUUGCAGCGCGGGUAUCGGUAGAACAGGAACCUUCUGCACCCUGGACAUCUGUAUAUCACGUCUAGAGGAUACAGGUACUGUGGACAUUCGGGGUACUGUUGAGAAAAUACGCGCUCAGAGAGCCUAUAGCAUCCAGAUGCCAGAUCAGUAUGUGUUCUGUCAUCGUGCCCUGGCAGAGUACGCGUUAUCCCGGGGGAUUCUUAGUCCUCAGCACCUGGCGAUGCUUCCACCGACUAUAGAAGAAGAUUCCGACUAGAUUACCAGACGUCAAUCAGAUCCCCCCUAGACUCUCGAGGAGCUAGAUUCUCAAGGUGCUCUCGACACUCUGCGACAGUUUUAAAAGUUUUUGAAUAUUUUUUAUCUCAUCGAUUAAUGAAAUCAGAGUACAUAAUUAAUGAGAGCCUCUUAGUAUAACUGGCCGACGAGGAUGAUCUUCCAAGCUGCUAGUCCUGCGAGGAACGGCAUUUCUGGGCUGACCAAAGAUUAUAAAAACCAUAAGCCGGACCUUAGAAGGUCCGACGGUUGGUUUUGUACUUCCAAUCUCCAGUGGCCUCUAAUCCAAAAGGUCAUAGAUCAAUGAGAUGUAAUGGAGAAAAGGAAAAGCUCCAGCUUCCAGUCUGACCUGCCCGUUUUACGCACCGGUAGAACCGAAAUAAAUUCCUUAUGCACACCGUAAGCACAAAGGAAUAGGACAAACAAAAAGAGAAGUAAUUAAUACUUAGCCAACGUACCAAGAAAGAAAGAGACAGAGAGAGAGAGAGAGAGAGAGAGAGAGAGAGAGAGAGAGAGAGAGAGAGAAAUAAUACACUAAACAAAGAUGAAAGAAACAAAUAAAGGAUUAAUCGAAGAAGAAGAAAAUUAUCUAAGUGAUUCGACGGAUCCGGGGGAAAGUUAAGUUGAAAAAGAAAACUGAAAGAAGAUAAUCAUGUGAACUCGGAAUGGAAAGUGUCAUGGCGUACCAGGGAGGAAGCCUCGAUGGAAACUGUAUACAAUUAAAUCAUUAAUAUUUAUAAUCAUCGUUAUAGGAUAAUUACUAGACUCUCCGAAAGAAAGUAAUUAACCCAUUUCCGUGGUAACCUUCAAUGCGCGUUAACGUCCGUUUAUCGGACACCUUUACAAUAUUAUUAUUAUUAUCAUCAUCAUCAUCAUCAUCAUCAUCAUAAUCAUUAUCAUCAUCAUUAACUACCAUUAAUUAUUAACGUCAUUAUUGUUAACUAGCACUCUUUUAUCGUCGUGACUUUAUAAGGAUUUUAUUAUCGAACCAAAACCCCAACGCAAUUAUUAUUGUUAGAUAUCCUUCAACUUUAACUAUAUCUAUCCUCGCCUCUCUUUUUUACACAUAUAUAUUUUGAUUAAAUAUUUAUUAUUCAGUCUCGAAUUGGAACUUUCUGUUUCUUUCGGAUCGUUUUAUCGUAAAAACUAAUUUUUUAACGAAUUGUGCCUACUCGUUUGCGCCGAUUGAACUCGUACUUUUGCUUGAUCUUGUUUUUUUUUCUUGUUCUCCGUGAUGUUCGUCCACCAAUUUUACUCUCAUCGUUUCUCCAUAUUGCGAUUUAUCAUUAAUUAACGACGACAUCAAUAUUUUUCGCUUUCGUGCAGAACGGAAAGACGCGCGCCUUUCUGGUAGAACGAAAAUAUGAAAUAAACGAAAUGAAGAAGAUGAAACGAAGCAUCUUCAUCAAGUCGAUGGAAAGGGAGAAAGAGAGAGAGAAAAAGUAAUGUGUGCAUCCACCAUGACUGUGAAACCUUGUGUUCACCCGGAAUCAAUCAUCAGUGACGUAUCGACGAUUGAGACGGGCGGAUGGGCUGAACUUGAUGAAUCGUCUCAUUAGCUAUUUUUUUUGGAUUAUCUUUUUUUUUUGUAAUAUCAAUUUUAUAUACAUACACCUGGCAAUGUACGUUUGGGGAUUGGCUGAUGUCUUCCUGAAGGAGGAGAUGAGUGGUGGACACCAGAUUUCACUUCAUGGUGUUGCGAUGCACUCUUAGGUUGCUUAGAAUUUGAUAAAUCUAAAAGAUCGCUAUAUUUCUAUUUUCCUGAGUACAUUUAGAGAGAUAUCGGAUUCCAUCAAUCUAUACAUCUUUUUUAUCAUAGAGGGAGAAACAUUUUCAAAAAAUGAAAAGACAAUGAUCGAUUACAAUGACAAAUUGGAAUGUAUCGUGUAACGGAUACUGAGCUGGAUGUAGGGGGAUGAUCUGCCUUUUGAAAUGCGUUAAAAUCUUUUUCAGGAUAACGAAAUAUUAAAUAUUUCUGAAGGAGAGAGAAAAAGAGAGUCAAAUUUCUUAUGUUUGAGAUUGAAGGGAAAAAAACAAAAACAAUUUCGCCAACCGGUCAAUUAAUUAAUUUCACGGUGACGAUUGCCAUUGUGGGAAAUUUUGUAAUCGAUUAUAACUAAUUGGUGGAAUCAAUUAAAAACUUUGUAAUUUAUUCUUCUAUUACUGCAAGACCAAUCAUUAUUGAAGUCUUGUUUAGGCUUGGCCGGUAGAGCGAAGUUGUUUUUUCUUUCUUUUUUUUUUUAAUUCAUUGACACUGCUAAUCUCCAAGCAACAGGUAGAUUUUAAUAUUUAAGGAAGAAGAUGAGAACGAAGUAACUUACCAAGUAAUACAUGUAUGUAUAGUUGCAUCUUUUAUGCAACAAACGUGAAUGUCGCCUCCCUCAUCCAUCAACCUGCACUCGAAAGAAUUAACCGAUCUUGAAUAUCAAAGAAUGUAGCGCAAUGUAUUCCAUGGUAAUGUCCGUUCUUUUUUCUUUUUGAUUUAUUUAUCUUUAUUGAACUCGGAAAAAGAUAAAGAAAAUAUAUGCAUACCAUACGCAGAAUCUGGUUACAUCAGAGAGUGAUACAAAUGAUCUUCGAAAAUCUUUAGGAAAGAAUAUUUUCAAAUUCAUACGUUACUAUACUGCAAGUGUCAAUGAGCAGACUGUGAAAGAGAGAAAUAAAACAAGAUAAAUCUAUAGAAUAAUUAAAAUUUGAACAAAGAUGAAAAGAAGAGAGAAAACAGAUGAUAUUCAUUAUAUUAACUGGCAAGAUAUAUCGUGUGAUGAUGAUGUAUCACGCGAAAGAAAAAAAAAAACUGUAUAUACCAAGGCCUCGAAUUACUACCGCACGCUGUAUCUAAUAUUAAUUUAAUAUAUUGCAGAAAUAAAUAAUACGAUUAUUGUCUCGUGUACGUGAUUGCCAGCUGUGAACCAGCCUCGUGCCAUUAUUCAAAUGAUAUAUAAAAAAGAAACGAAGAGACAAAUAGAAUCUGUUAUUCGCGUCCCUCUCCACGGUUCAAAAUGAUAACUAUUGGAAACACUGAUAACCGUCUUGUAAAACGGUGUUAAGAUUUUCUUAACUGAAUAUUCUCUUCUUGCGGAUGGAACUUAUUUCAAUAAAACUUUUGAAAAAUU